AAGAGAGAGCGCGAGACGAGUGCUGCGGCUCUGUCAGAACCGAGUCGCGCGGAUGAAGCACCGGUCACCUUCAGAACAGCAUCACGGGAAGCAGCCGCGGGUCGGUGUCCCCACCGCGGCCGCCUCAGCCUCACCGCAGAGCGACAUGGAGGACAAACCGACGUUCACUCCGCGCGAGCUCACCCAAAACCCAUUGAAGAAGAUAUGGAUGCCAAAUAAACACGGCCUCCCUGAAAAACACAUUUCUCAUCGAAUGGUAUGCAUGACCAACUGUCCAACUCUGAUCGUGACUGUGGGCCUCCCUGCACGAGGAAAAACCUACAUCUCAAAGAAGCUGACCCGCUAUCUGAACUGGAUCGGAGUGCCGACCAGGGAGUUCAAUGUUGGACAAUAUCGAAGAGAGUUCCUGAAGAUCUACAAGUCCUUUGAGUUUUUCCGUCCAGACAAUGAGGAAGGGUUAAAGAUCAGGAGGCAGUGUGCUUCAGCCGCUCUAAAUGAUGUGCGACAGUAUUUAACAGAAGAAGGAGGCCAAGUAGCUGUGUUUGAUGCAACAAACACAACCAGAGAAAGAAGGGACACCAUUCUGGAGUUUGCAGAACAGAACGGCUUUAAGGCCUUUUUCGUAGAGUCAGUGUGUGAAGAUCCAGAAGUCAUCCAGGAAAACAUAGUUCAAGUAAAGCUGGGAAGCCCUGACUACACAAACUGCAACACAGAAGAAGCAGUGGAGGAUUUCAUGAAGAGGAUAAAAUGUUAUGAAAACUCUUAUGAGACGCUGGAUGAGGUUUUAGACAGGGAUCUUUCUUUCAUCAAAAUUAUGGAUGUAGGCCAGCGCUACUUGGUUAACAGAGUGCUGGACCACAUCCAGAGCCGGAUUGUCUACUACCUCAUGAACAUCCACAUUACGCCGCGCUCCAUCUACCUUUGUCGCCACGGCGAGAGUGAGCUUAACGUAAAGGGUCGGAUCGGAGGAGACUCCGGUCUGACGCCGAGGGGAAAAGAGUUUGCUAAGAAGCUGAACCAGUUUAUCCAGACACAGAACAUAAGUGAACUGAAGGUAUGGACCAGUCAGAUGAAGAGAACCAUCCAGACAGCAGAGGCCCUCAAUGUUCCCUAUGAGCAGUGGAAGGUGCUCAAUGAGAUUGACGCGGGUGUGUGUGAAGAGAUGAUGUAUGAGGAGAUCCAGGGAAAUUAUCCUCUGGAGUUCGCCUUAAGGGACCAGGACAAAUACCGCUAUCGCUAUCCAAAAGGAGAGUCGUACGAGGACUUGGUGCAGCGCUUGGAGCCAGUCAUCAUGGAGCUGGAGAGGCAGGAGAACGUGCUGGUCAUCUGUCACCAGGCUGUCAUGAGGUGUCUGUUGGCUUACUUUCUGGACAAGACAGCAGAGGAGCUGCCAUACCUGAAGUGCCCUCUGCACACCGUGUUGAAGCUGACACCUGUUGCCUACGGCUGUAAAGUGGAGUCCAUCAGCCUGAAUGUGGAGGCAGUCAACACGCACAGAGAGAAACCUGAGAACGUAGAAGUGACACGGAUGUCAGAGGAGGCUUUGAUUACUGUGCCAGCUCACCAGUGAGGCAGUUAGCCCUCCUCAACAUCCUCAAACUUUUCCUCUUUUAGCCAUAAUUACGCACAAUGAACCCUUAGGACGCACAAAAUGUACAAUCCAAAAUCCUUGAUUGAACCUCCUUCCUUUGGUCUUGUCUUCUGUUUUUUCUUUUUUUCCCACUUUUAUCUGAAGACAUGAUUAUGGUGGUAUUUAACUGGAUACCAGCUAUUAUUAUUAUUGUUAUUUUUAAACCUACCAUGAAUGUUGUCAUGUUCACGCUCCCAUUUUUGGAGAAUGAACGAAAACCUAAUGAGGGUAUUUUUAAAAAUGACUCUGCACUCCAAACCAUGAAGCAAUGAAGCUCCAGCACCUUGUCUGAAGAAGCACCUUUUACCUUUAUACACUUUCAAAUUUUAUUCAUUGAUCUAACUUUUUUUAGUAGUGCCUCAGUUUUAACUAAACUCUAAUCUGUCUACACAAUUAAAAUAAAAUGUGCCUAACAAUAAUUUAUUAGUAUGUGAAAGUGUUAAUUUAAAAAUUGCUGUAUAUAGUUGUAUUUGACACAAUGUGAAAGAUAUUACAGUAUAUUAAAACAUAUGUUUGCUGUUUCUGAAUAAAAUUCAACCAAGCAUUAACUGAUCCAUACCAAACUUUCCUUGUGCUUCAUUUAAAGAUGAAAUGUUUAAUCGAUAGCCACUUUGAGUCAAAAUGCUAUAAAAAAAAUACAUGCACCAUCACAGAACAAACAGCACUGUUGUGUAGAUUAAAAAAUAUUUGUUAUAUAGACUUGCUGUAUGAUUUAAUCCAGAGGUCAGAAUUUGUAAACAAUGUCAAGACCCAGUAUUUUAUGAAAGUAAUUUAUAAGUUCCCCUGAAAAUAUCCUAAGAUGUUCCACAAGGAUGUUUUAGUUCACACUUUUUGUAUUUUACUGUUCAUUUUUUCUCUUUAUGAAACAAGCUAUUUAGUCUGAAACAAAGUAGUCUGAUGAUGCUCCAACAUGCGGCUUCUAUAAGGGGCCUCACUGAUUAAAUGAGUAAACAGGAUUUCCAAAUUACACUACUUUGAAAUAAAAAAUUAAAAAAACAAUGAAAACUACCCUUCAAUUGAUACCUUCCACAGAUUAAAUUCCUCUUUCAUUUUUUGAGCACACAGGGCUGAUAUUUCCUGUUUAUUGAUAUGCAAGGUUCCUUUGGGGUUGAAUAACAGCACCGUCACCCAGCCUGAACAGAAAUAGAGCUA